AAUACGAAUGACGUGUUGACAAAAGAUAAUUUUUUCUUCAAAAAUCAUUUCACUCAUAUUUCCAAGUAUUGAUUUCGGUACUACAUCUCAUAGAUAAAUAAAAGAUGAACGAAAUUUCCUAGAUAAGACAACCAACAUUUAAGGCCCACAGAAACCCAGCAGUCAUGACUCGGAACGUGUUGCAUAGCAGUUUACUUAAUGCCGGAUUCAGUAUCAUAUUCCAGAUUAUUUGCCGUUUCGUCACAUUCGGAAUCAACGCCUUCAUUGUUCGCAAUGUUGGCCGAGAUGUUCUGGGCGUUAUGAAUGUGCGAUUGCUGUUGCUCGAGAGUACACUUCUAUUUUUGUCGCGUGAAGCUAUUAAUCGUGCUGCAUUGAGUGCCACCUCACAACAAAAAGACAAAUGCUCUUGGCCACAAUUAAUAAACCAAAUGUGGCUGACAGUACCUACCUGUAUAGCCCUAUGCAUUCCUUGUACAUACAUUUGGCUGGAUGUUCUAACGCCAGUCGAUGAUCAUCUCAAAAGUCAGUAUAAGUUCGCCUGCUACGCUGUCGCACUGUCCUGUGUGAUUGAGCUGUGUGCUGAGGCACCGGUCUUCCUCACACAGGUUUUCUGUUUUGUUAAAUUGAAGAUUUUCCUUAACACCUUGCACAUAAUGGUGCGAUCGGCGUUAUUUAUUUGGAUAGUUCUUAAAGAUCACAGUAUUGCCAUUGAUGCGUUCGCAAUAGCACAGCUAGCAAGUGCCAUUGUGAUAUUCAUUGGACAUUAUGCAUUUUUCUAUUUUUACAUCAAAAGGUUAAAUGAGCACAAGUCGAAUAAGAAAAAUGACCAAAAGGAAGAUGAUCCUAUGUUUCAGAGUAUGGAUGAUUUUCCAUUCCAACGGUUGUCCGAGUUGCUUCCUUUUUAUAUGGAAAAUAAGGAUACAUAUUUCAAUCCUAAACUUCAAAUUCUGACCUUGAGCUUUAUCAAACAAGGAGUCUUGAAGCAGAUUCUAACCGAAGGAGAAAAAUAUGUCAUGUCGAUGAGUCCGGUUUUAUCUUUUAGUGAACAGGCCACCUAUGAUGUUGUCAACAACUUAGGAAGCCUUGCGGCUAGGUUCAUCUUUCGGCCUAUAGAGGAGAGCAGCUACUUUUAUUUUACGCAAACCAUAUCGAGAGACGUUCAGCUGGAGAAACAGAAUAUAGCAAAAGUACACGAAGCUGGAAAUGUAUUAAAAACCCUUUGCAUUGGAGUGACAUCGAUCGGCCUGCUAGCCUUCACGUUCGGACAAAGCUAUUCCCAUACGCUGCUGCUGAUUUAUGGUGGAGCGGAUUUUGUUGCAGGUGGUUUGCCUGAGAGUCUUCUAAAGUGGCAUUGCCUGGCCAUAUGCUUCAUGGCUGUCAAUGGCAUCACUGAAGGAUACAUGUUUGCAACGAAUACGAGUAAAGACAUCGACAAGUAUAAUUAUCUUAUGGCCAUAUUUUCAAUAAGCUUCCUAAUCCUUUCCUACAUUCUAACGAGCGUAUUCGGACCGGUUGGUUUUAUUUUUGCCAAUUGCAUAAAUAUGUUCUGCAGAAUUUGCUAUAGCACAAAAUUCAUUCUACAUCAAUAUCGACCGUUGGGAAUGAAUCCUCUUCUUGGUAUCAUACCAGGGAAUUUAUUUAUUUUAGCAUUAAUUACGACGGGACUGUUAUCGAAAUAUUCAAUGAUAACAAUGAAUUCAUUACUUGUACACGUUGGUAUAGGAUUUGUUGGAGUUUCGGUAUGCCUCUGUUGUUGGGGUAUUGAACAUUUGGAUCUGCUUAAAAUGGCUUGGAAAAAAGGAAAACAGCUAAAAAUUAAGAAGACUUAGACGUUUUCUAGAUGAUGUGUUUGUUUUUGUAUUUAGGAAAAUUGUAGGAUCACAUGUUUUAAACGAUAACGGUUCCUUAUAUUAAAAUAAACUUAUUUAAGAAAUAA